AUGGCAGCUACUCACCAUGUCCGUUCUAACAGCUUUCCCUCGAGGCCACACCCUCAAUCAGCUCUUGUAGAGGAUCAUUUGAUCAGAUUGAGAUCCUCUGAAGCAGCCUCUACAUCUUCUUCCUUUUCCAUCUGCCAGAGACUAAACGGCCUUCAAGAUUUGCUCUUGGAGGUCUGCAACAUCGCCAAGGACGCUUUGUAUCAGACUAAAGAGGGUCUGAAUGAAAUCCAAUCGCUUCUGAGAAGAAAGAGAGGAGAUUUAACAAGCGAGGUGAGGAAAUACUUAGCCUCGAGAAAGUCCCUAAGAAAGUCACUGGAGAAAGUGAUGAAGGGUUUGAAGGCCACUGAGAAUCAAAGCAGCAAAGAUGGAGCUUUGUUUGUGUUGGAAGAAGCUGAAGCUGUCACCAUCUCUGCUUUCGAUACUCUUCUGCGAUUCAUCUCCUCUGCUAAUUCCGGAAAAUGGUCAUUGGUUUCAAGGCUGAUGAAGCAGAGAAGAGUUUCAUCAUGUGAAGGAGAAGACAUUGAAGCAAAUGAAUUUGAACAAGUGGAUAAAGCAUUCACCAUGUUUGUCGAGAAAAAGUCGAAGCAGUCCUUCCAAGUGGAGGAUGUUCAGAGCUUAGAGAUGACUAUUCAAGAUCUUGAAGAGGGACAUGAGACACUCUUUAGAUCCAUGGUUAGAGUUAGAGCCUCUGUACUAAAUAUGUGA